AAUCCAUCAGACAGCCAGUUUAAUGACAACUGGGAAAGAUUGGCUCAAGCGAUCCGAGAAAUUCAUAAAAAGAAUGCUUCGAUUCUCAGUUUUGAGGAACUCUAUCGCAAUGCCUAUAACAUGGUUCUUCAUAAGAAUGGCGACAAACUAUAUAAUGGCGUUAGGGAGGUUAUUACGCAGCAUUUAGAAGAAGUUGCGCAAGCACAAAUUGUGCCUGCUUUUCCUGUAUCAGGUGCAGGUACUUCUCACGGGGGUGCUGCAAAUGGAGCUAGUGGUGCAAGCUUUUUAAAAAUCUUAAAAAGUGUCUGGGAGGAUCAUACUACUUGUAUGCUGAUGAUUAGGGAUAUUUUGAUGUAUAUGGAUCGUGUAUAUGUUAAAACAGCAAAUGUUCCAUUAGUAUACGAUCUUGGAUUAGAGCUUUUCCGGGAUACGAUAGUCAGAUCACCAAAUUAUUCAAUUCAAGAUCAUUUGUUAGAUGUAUUGUUACAACAAAUCCGCUUCGAACGUGAAAACGACAUAAUUGACCGAUCGGCAGUCAAAGCAGCAACGGAAAUGUUGCUACAAUUAACAGAUUCUUCACAAACAGGCGACACUGUAUACGCUGCCGAUUUUGAAAAAAAAUUCCUGGAAACAAGUAAAGAAUAUUACAAUUUAGAAGGUCAUACGUUAGUAGAGAAAUAUGAUGCGGCUGAAUAUAUGAAAAAG